GAGCAGUUCUGCCUUUGAAAGAAGCAAAACAGAUGUGUUUCGAGUGAAAACCAACAAUGUUGGAGCCAUCCGGAAAAUAAGAAUUGAGCACGACAACACCGGAAUGAACGCCAGCUGGUAUCUUGACCGUGUGAUUGUGACAGACAUGAACAGGCCCCACCUCCGUUUUUAUUUCCCGUGCAACAAUUGGCUGAGUAAAGAUGAAGGGGACGGACUUUAUGUCAGAGAUCUGAUUGGCAGCCUUAACCCUAUGGAUGUUCCCAAAGUAAACAAAUAUGUUGUCCGAGUGUUUACAGGUGAUGUCAAUGGCAGUGGAACAGAUGCUGAUGUUUUCGUUAACAUUUUUGGGCGGAACGGAGACACGGGAGAGCGCAGGUUGGACAACGACAAGGACAAUUUUGAGAGGGGGUCAGAAGACAAGUUCACCCUUGAUGCCCCCAAUCUGGGCAGGCUCCGGAAAAUCACCAUUGGGCAUAACAACAAGGGAAGCUCAGCUGGAUGGUUCCUUGAUAAGGUUAUCAUUGAAGAUAUUGGCAACAAGUCAGUGUAUGAGUUCCCGUGCUACCGUUGGUUUGCGUUGGAUGAAGAUGAUGGCAAAAUCCAGCGCGACAUUCUUGUGGGAGGAACAGAGGCAACUGGUAUUGUUUACAACGUGGCAGUGGUCACAGGGGACAUCAGAGGGGCAGGAACCAACUCCAAAAUUCAUAUUGUCAUGCAUGGCUCCAAAGGGCUGAAAAACAGCGGGAAGAUUUUUCUGGAAGGAGGGAAGUUUGAACGGAGCAGGACCGACCUUUUCAAUGUCGAAAUUGCGGCUCUCCUUAGCCCCUUAAGUCGCAUCUCCAUCGGGCACGAUAACGCUGGCAUCAGUUGCGGCUGGUACUGCGAGAAGACUGGAGAAAGAUGUCCAGGACAAAAGGACUCGGUGUACGGAAACACAGAGGGAGAAGAAAAUCCCUGGUCUCUGUGGAUUUGGACAAGUGACAUUAAAGGUGCUGGAACAGACGCUCCCAUCUUCCUCCAGGUUUACGGUGACAAAGGAAAAUCUGAUGAAAUGAAAUUAGACAAUAACUCCGACAACUUUGAAGCUGGACAAAUUGACAAAUUCGUGAUUGAGCUCCCGAAUCUGGGUACGUUAUUCAAAGUUCGGAUAUGGCACGAGAAACGGAGUCCUUUUUCUGGCUGGCAUCUCAACAAGGUCACUCUUUUGAAAACUCUGACGAAAGAGAAGUACACCUUCAAUUGUGGACGUUGGUUAGAUAUCAAUGAGGAUGACAAUGAGAUUGUGCGAGAGUUGGCAGCAGAAGGACCACUGGUGGCCGAAGUGAUGCCAGUAAUCAAGUAUCGACUGACUGUGUGCACCGGGACAGUGAGUGGAAGUGGGACCGAUGCCAAUGUUUUUGCUUGCCUCAUCGGGGAGCAUGGAGACACGGGGGACCGGGUGCUCCAGAAUAGCAUGAACACUGUUAAUAAGUUUGAGAAAGGCAGUGGUGACCAAUUCAUCAUUGAAGCAGUCCACCUGAAGCAGGUGAGCAGGGUGAGAAUAGGGCAUGACGGCAAAGGAGGAAGCAGUGGCUGGCACCUUGCUAAAGUGAUAGUGAGGGAAGAUGGACAACCAGAAAGUGAGGCUCAAGAAUUCUAAGAAGUGAAAGUUUUGGCUGACUGGGUUAAAUUGCAAAAGCUGAUCAACUACGAGAUAUGCACUGUUACCGGAGAUGUACGGAACGCAGGAACCAACGCAAAAGUCUUUCUGCAGGUUUACGGUGAGCUGGGUAAAACGGAGGUACUGAUUUUGAAGAACAGGUCCAACAACCAUGAACGGGGAGUCUUGGAAAAAUUCAAGAUAGAAGCUGUCGAUGUUGGCAGAAUCUAUAAGAUCCGAAUCGGCCACGAUGGGACAGGCUUGGCAGAUGGAUGGUUCCUGGAAAAUGUUGUCAUUAAAAAAAUGGUGACGAAGAUCAACGGGCAAGACAAGAAGAAGAAAAAGAAGAAAAAGAAACCCACAGAAGAGAAAGGAGAAGAAGAGACGAACCAACCAGAUCCUAUGGAGGUUUAUAAUUUUGUAGCCCAUCGUUGGCUGGCAAGGGACGAAGAGGACAAGGAACUGGUGGUGGAGUUGACACCAGAAGAGGGAACUGAGCUUGAAGCAAACACCUACGAAGCCCGUGUUAUAACUGGAAUGAUAUGGGGAGCUGGUACUGAUGCCAAUGUUUACCUGAGCAUCUAUGGUGAAAGGGGAGACACUGGGGAACGUCAUUUGAAGUACUCGAAUAAUCUGAACAAGUUUGAAAAGAAACAGAUCCUUUUGCUCUUAGAAAUUGUGUAUUAUUUCCCCUGCCAGAGGUGGUUGGCAGUGGAAGAAGAUGACGGUCAGGUUGCCAGGGAGCUUGUCCCAGUGGCUGAAGCAUUUGUGAUGAAGGAUUCGGAGAACGCAGGCUCUAUUGCAACCCUGGGCUUGGAACAGAAAGCUAAUUCAACUACAUUCACAGUAAGGGUGAAAACAGGAGACAAGAAAAAUGCCGGGACAGACUCCAAUGUCUUUAUCAUCCUUUACGGAUCAAAAGAUGACACAGGGACAAUCUACUUGAAGGCUUCCAAGACUAACCGGAACAAAUUUGAACGAGAUAAAGUUGAUGUCUUCACGGUGGGAUGUGUGGACCUCGGAGACCUGAAGAAGAUAAAGAUUGGCCAUGAUAAUACAGGUCAUUCUGAGGGAUGGUUUUUAGACUGGGUGGAGGUGGAUGCUCCUUGCCUUGGACUUUGCCUGAAGUUUCCUUGUGGUCGUUGGCUGGAUAAAUCUGAAGAUGACGGAGCAAUUGAAAGAGUCUUGUUUCCUGCAAAACUGCAAAGAGUGACUUACAUCCCAUUUGUUCCCUACGAAAUUAAUGUUUAUACCAGUGACAUUUUGGGAGCGGGUACCGAUGCUGACGUCUUUAUUGUUCUAUACGGGGCUGACGGCAUCUGCACGCAACAGAAACCCCUGUGCCAAAACAAGAGGGAACAAAGGAUGUUCUUUAAGAGGAAUUCUGUAAAUCAGUUCAUUGUGGAGCUAGAAGACGUUGGUGACAUCCUAGAAAAGAUCCGCAUUGGGCACGAUGGCUCAGGUAUCAAUUCAGGCUGGCACCUUGAUCAGGUAGACAUACGGAGACUUUUGCCAAAUGGAAAGGGUUCUGAGAAAACCACAUUUCCAUGUGAAAAAUGGCUGGCAAAAUCUGAAGAAGACGGUGAAAUCAUGAGGGAAUUGGUUCCAUCUAGAAUUUUUACUGAAAAACUGAUGAAAGAUGGCACACUUAAGCAGAUUGAUGAAGAAAUUGAUGACUCAUUGGACAUCUAUUCGUACAAAGUCUCUGUUUUCACGGGUGAUAUCUACGGCGCCGGAACGGAUGCAAAUGUAUUCCUAACCAUCUAUGGAGACUUGGGUGAUACCGGCGAGAGGAAAUUAAGGAAGUCUGAAACAAAUACCAACAAGUUUGAAAGAGGACAGGAAGACAUCUUCACAGUGGAAGCUGUGGACCUGGGAACCGUCUCUAAAACCAAGAUACGCCAUGACAACACCCUGCCAAGGCCCGACUGGUACUUGGAGAAAGUUGAGAUCCUGAACGAUGCCACCGACAGCGCCUACCUAUUUGAGUGUGAACGUUGGCUGUCCAGAAAAAAGGAGGAUCUAAGCAUCGAGCGAAUCCUUUGGGAAAAAAACUAUGAUCCUGACUGCCUGAGCGUAGAAAACGCAUCCCUGAACCGAGACAACAAUGCCAAUCUAAAGGACAAGAAGACCAACAGCUCUGCGCUUGAUGGGUCACUCAUUCCUUACCACGUCGUCCUCACCACCGGGAAAGAAUUCGACUCAAGUACCAGCAGCCGAGUUUUCCUAAUCGUCAUUGGUCCUCAGGAAAACUGUACCGGCCACAUGUGGCUUGAUCUCCCGGAAGAAAAGAACCAAUUUGCAGCAUCUUCUGUGGAGAAAUUCUCUGUGAUGGGAAUAGAUGUUGGUGAAAUCAAAAAAAUUAAGAUUCUCUAUGAAGUGACCGUGGAGACUGGAGAUUUGUCACAGGCUGGAACGGACACGGGCAUUUUUUUCACAUUCUUUGGAACCAGUGGGUGUUCAGAAGAGAUCCAGCUGGAAAAAAAUGGAAACAGAUUUGAAAUUGGCCAAAAGGAUAUUUUUAUCAUGGAAAUUCCGGAUAUUGCACCGCUCAAGAAAAUGCGAAUAAGGACAGAUGGGACAGGAUGCCGCCCGGAUUGGUUUCUGGAACAGGUCACCAUGAAGAAUUUGUCCACUCAAGAAGUUGCCACAUUCACCUACAGUGACUGGCUCUCCAAGCAGUGGGGCGACAAUCUGGCUCUCCGGUGUGAGAUUGCAGCGAUGAUCAAUGAUGAGCUGAUGAUGGAAGAGACAACGUAUGUUAUUCAGGUGAAAACCAGCAAUAUCGGAGGUGCUGGAACAGAUGCCAACGUCUCCAUGAUUAUUUGGGGAGAGAACGGGGACAGUGGGACCUUGGCUUUGAAGGAAUCGAACAAAUCCAACAAGUUUGAAAGGAACCAGCUGGAUGUCUUCUAUUUUCCUGACAUCUUCAGUCUCGGCGAUCUCUGCAAAGUGCGUAUCUGGCACGACAACAAAGGAAUCGCGCCAGGCUGGCAUCUGGAAUAUAUUGACAUUGAAGACUCUCUUAUGGACAAAAUUUUCCGCUUCCAGGGUGACCGUUGGCUCGCAAAAGAUGAAGACGAUGGCCAGAUUAUACGGGAACUGGCUUGUGCCAAUAAUGACAUUUUGGAAUUGAAAGAACGUACCUCUUAUGAGAUUCUCACGAUUACCAGCAAUAAGGAAGAUGCAGAAACCAAGGAAAACGUAUCCCUUAUUUUUGAAGGCAAGAGAGGCCGUUCCAAGGAGUUCCUUCUGGAGAACUCCUCCAGAAAGAGAAGAUUUUUAAGGUAUUUCUUCAGAUGCAAUGCCAAAAUCCCACUCCGCGCUAAGAGAGGAGACCACAAGGUUUUUGAGUGUGCCAAGGUGAUCGAAAGCUUCGCUAGCAAAGCUCGGAGUUUGGUGCCCGUCAAAUACGAAGUGAUUGUCGUGACAGGCUCCCAAAAAGGAUCUGGCACAGAUGCCAAUGUCCACAUGACCAUAUUUGGAGUGAACGGGGAUUCGGGCAAGCGGCGUUUGAAGCAGAAAUUCCGUAAUCUCUUUGAACGGGGCAGCACCGAUCGGUUUUACCUGGAAAUCCUCGAACUCGGAGAGUUGAAGAAAGUUCGGAUUGAGCACGACAGCAGCAGAAUCUCUCCCGGAUGGUUGGUGGAACGAGUCGAGAUCACCAACUCAGCGACGGGCAUAACCACCAACUUCCCUUGCGGGAAGUGGUUGGAUAAGAAUAAAGGGGACCAGUUAACAUGGAGGGAAUUGUUUCCCAGAAGCUAA